UUUUCUAACUUUCACAUGUUCAAUAAAAGAUUUUCAAAUUUUCUCAUGUUCAAUAAAAGAUUUUUCUAUUUUUCACAUAUUUUUCAAAUUUUCACAUGUUCAAUAAAAGAUUUUUCUAAUUUUAACAUGUUCAAUAAAAGAUUUUCCAACUUUCACACGUUCAAAACAAGAUUUUCUAAUUUUCACAUGUUCAAAAGAAUAAUUUUCAUAUCUAGAUCAUUUUCUUCAUUUACAUGUUCAAAAAGAAAUUUUCAAAAUUUC